ACUCUGGUGCUGCAGCUGAGUCCGUGCUUCGGCAUCCUGUUUUCCCGGUACCUGCUUGAUCUCGGCGCCUCAUCCAUCACCACCGCUUGGAUCUUCAACGUCGAGUGCUUCCUCCUGUACGUCAUGGGCAUGAUCGUGAGUCCUCUUAGCAAGGAGUUCGGCUGGCAGAGCGUGGGCAUCCUGGGCAGCGCCCUCACCUCCCUCUCGAUCAUCAUCUCCGCCUUCUCCCCUUCGCCACAGUUCCUUUUCUUCUCCUUCUCGCUGCUGAGCGGCAUCGGAAGCGGCCUAGCAGUGUGCAUGUGCUUCAUCAUCGUGCCGGUGUAUUUCGACCGCCGGCGUGGCAUCGCGAAUGCAAUAAUGAUGGCAGGCAUAUGCAUGGGCGAGAUCAUAGGCCCCCCAUUUAUAAGAUAUCUUCAAGACGAAUACAGCUUCAAAGGAGCAACUUUAAUACUGGGCGGAGUUAUCUUGAACGGCUGUGUUGGAGCAGCGUUCUUUCACCCCGUAGAGUGGCACAUGAAGACCGUCUCGGAAACGCCAAAAGGAAGUCAAAAUGAAGAGGAAGACAAUGUGUCAACAAACAGAUCCAUUGCCCGCGCUUACAACAGAGUCACUUCCACUUCAUCCUUGGGAAUCAGACCCACAUACUCGGAUUUACUCAGCAUCAGGAAAGUGGCGUCUGGCGCUUCUCUGGCUUUCUCCAAGACGUAUUCCGGCAUAUCCCUGAGGGGCAUCAGUGAGGACCAGGAAGAGGAGAGUGGCCCCAUCCACCCCCAGAUCAGGAGGACCGCGAGGCACCGUUACGUAAGCGAAUGCUCUUACGACUCGGUUCCCUCAUACUAUAACUCUACUCUGUCCAUCUCUUCCAUUGCACUUGCCAAUCACGCCGCAAUCUCUGCCAUCAGGGAGCGAGAAAAGGCCCUGGAGACUACUGAAACCAGCGACAAAAAAGGCGGCGACACUCAGCUGCAUCGCUUGCUGAGUAGCAUCGUUGCAGAUGUUAAGAUUCUUACUUAUUCCUUGCGCGCAGUCAUUAUAUCAAUUGCAAGCUCAUUCUAUGCAAAUGGCUAUUUGAAUUUUAUAAUGAUGGUACCCUUUUCAAUGCAAGCAUCAGGUUAUACGCUCCAAGAUUCUACUUAUUGCCUUUCUGUGGCUGCCAUUUGCAACUUGAUAUCACGCUUAUCCAUGUCGCUGUUAUCUGACUGGCCGUGGUUUAACAUGAGACUGUGGUAUUUGGGCGGCCACGUCGUGCUUGGGGGUGCGAUGGCAGCGUUCCCCCUACUGCCGAGCCUGACGUGGAUGGUGGUGGUCAUGGGUAUGCUGGGCCUGGGCAUAGGGUCCAGCAUGAGCCUUAACACUCUCAUCAUCAUCAACAUCAUGGGCCUAGACAACCUGGCGCCGGUCUUCGGGGCUUCCUCCCUCACCGUCGGCGUUGGCUUCGUCGCCCUCGGACCCAUCAUCGGGUCAAUCCGCGACGCAACAGACAGCUACGUGGUGAGCAUGUGGAUCUGCGCGGGAAUGAUCAGCUUCAGUGGCAUCCUGUGGUUUUUCAUGCCGACUGCUGUGGCGUACGAUGCCAAGAGGGAUGAGCGGAAGAACCGGGGUGGCGAGGGGGUCUAGCGGAUUCUACCUGAUGUCUCCUUCUAAAUAAAAGAGAUAGAGGUCUA